AUCAAACACGACCUUCGAAGCCGUGAGAUGUGCCCUCUACCUUUCCGUGAGAGAGGUCAGCGUCACUGUGACCAACGGAGUCUACUCGGAAGAUGUGUUACAAGAGGAUUCUUAUGCAGGAAAUUCUCCCACCGUUGUCUUCAACGGCACCAAUCAGUGGUGGAACGGUUUGGACGGGGAAAAUGGGUCAGCCUAUCCCGCCAAUAGCAAAAUUACGGGCCCCACGGACAUAUCGAAUGGCACAAUCAUUUACGUCCUAGAUCCAUUUGCCUUCAGUGGUGAUUCUUUGACAUACAAGCCGCCAUUCGCCACCAUGCAGUCUCCCAACCUCAACGAUACUUUUGUCGUCUCCAGUAACGCAUGGACUGAUCUAAGCAGCCAGCUUACUGAGGAGACCCUGCUGAACGGACAAGUUGUGCUCGGAGGUAUUGAUUCUGACAGUCCUUUGACGGGCAACGAUCUCCCGACCUUGCUAUAUCAAGCGACCAAUGUUACGCGUGCGAUGCAUUCGCUAGCGGGGUACAUCACCACGCAAAUGCGUGCAAACGACUCGCUCCUUUUACAAGAAGCGCAGCAAAAUGUGUCGUUAAUCGCAGCAAACCAAGCGGUUAAUGGCCACGUCUGGACUCAACAACAAUUCGUCACAGUACGCUGGGCUUGGUUGACUUUGCCAGCUCUGUUACUGGUACUCGCUUGUAUUUUCCUACUAAUUGCGUUUGUAGAAACACGGAAAAAUCGGGUUGGAUUGUGGCAGUCUAGUCCGCUUGCAUUCUUUUUUCAUGCUCGAUUGCCCGAUGAAGCUCAAAUGAGGGAGUGGCGGGCUGGCGAGUUGAGCACAGCAAAUCAAAUGCAGAACGCUGCUAAGAAGUUGUAUAUGAAAAUAAUGAAAGACGAAGAUGGAUCGAUAGAGGUAUUCUCGAAAAGCGCUGCUCUGGCACGAGAUUGGGAAAGUAAGCGUUGACUGUAAUAUCCUUUGGAAGGAUAUCGUGUUCCUGUUAUUUUGAGAGCGAGGGAGGAUAGCAGGUCCGUUACGGUUAGUGAUACGCAUGUUUAGAGCAUUAAGAUAAAGGAGGUCAUCUAAGUUAAUAUAACUUGAAUAUACAAUACAUUAAUUCUUUCGCG